AUGCUGUUCCCGUCUUUCGCCAUUCUCGCUGCGGCGAGCAGCCUGAUGUCAUUUGCGACCGCGCACAACAUCCAAAUGAAGGCUCACCAGCGCGAAUGCUUCCACGAAUCCCUCCACAAGGAUGACAAGAUGACGGUCACCUUCCAAGUCGGCGACCGCGAGUUUGGCGGUAGCGGAAACCUGGAGAUUGACUUCUGGAUCGAGACGCCCUCUCGAAGCUACCAGGUCCACGAACGCGGUGUGUCUUCCGGCGACCACUCCUUCGAUGCCAAAGAAGACGGCAAAUACACAUACUGCUUCAACAACGAACACUGGGGCGCGAACACGAAGGAGGUCUCAUUCAAUGUGCAUGGUAUUGUCUACGUUCCCGAAUCGGAGGCACCUCAAGAUCCAUUGGAGAAGGAGGUGCGAACAAUGUCAGAACUUGUCGCGCAAGUCAAGGAUGAGCAGAGCUACAUUAUUGUGCGCGAGCGGGUGCACAGGAAUACUGCUGAGAGCACCAACGCGCGCAUCAAGUGGUGGAGCAUCUUUCAGCUGAUGGUACUCAUUGGCCAGGGCUUCUUCCAGGUGUGGUGGUUGAAACGCUUCUUCGAGGUCAAGCGUGUUGUUUAG